AUGACCUCGAAGCUUCUAGCCGCCCUCCUCCGCCGCUCUCUCCUUAAACCCACCACCAGCUCCUGCUAUUCCACUACCUUCAUCCACCGCCGCCCUCUCUCCACCGCCGCUGCCAUAGUUGAGCCGCUCGAAGAGGACGCAAAUGGUAUAACAAUGAAAGGCGUCAAAAUCUCCGGUCGGCCACUCUAUCUCGACGUGCAGGCCACUUCUCCGGUGGACCCCAGGGUCCUUGACGCCAUGCUUCCCUAUUACGUCUCUCGAUACGGCAAUCCCCAUUCCAGGACCCAUCUCUAUGGGUGGGAAUCCGAGAAUGCCGUGGAAUCGGGCCGGGCUCAGGUCGCAGCCCUCAUUAACGCCUCCCCGAAGGAAAUUAUAUUCACCUCCGGCGCUACUGAGUCGAAUAAUAUCUCGAUUAAGGGCGUUAUGCACUUUUAUAAGGAUAAAAAGCGCCAUGUUAUAACUACCCAGACUGAGCAUAAGUGUGUGUUGGAUUCCUGCCGACAUUUGCAGCAGGAGGGAUUUGAUGUAACUUAUCUGCCGGUUAAGCCUGAUGGGCUUAUUGACUUGGAAAAGCUCAGAGAGUCGAUUCGGCCAGAUACAGGUUUGAUUUCGGUAAUGAUGGUGAAUAAUGAGAUUGGUGUGAUUCAGCCGAUGGAGGAAAUUGGGAAAAUCUGUAAAGAGUUUAAUGUUCCUUUGCAUACUGAUGCUGCUCAGGCUCUGGGGAAGAUUCCAAUUGAUGUGGAUAAAAUGAAUAUAAGUUUGAUGUCAUUGAGUGGGCAUAAGAUUUAUGGGCCAAAGGGAAUUGGGGCUUUGUACGUGAGGCGGAGGCCAAGGAUUAGGGUGGAGCCCCAAAUGAAUGGGGGUGGACAAGAGAGGGGGUUAAGGAGUGGAACAGUUCCUACGCCUUUGGUUGUUGGGUUUGGGGCAGCAUGUGAGCUAGCGAUGAGGGAGAUGGAAUAUGAUGAUAAGCGAAUUAAGGCUUUGCAGGAGCGCUUGUUGGAUGGGAUUAGGGAGAAAAUUGAUGGGGUAGUAGUGAAUGGAAGCACGGAGAGGAGGUAUGCUGGGAAUUUGAACUUGUCGUUUGCAUAUGUCGAAGGGGAGAGCUUGUUGAUGGGGUUGAAGGAGGUGGCAGUGUCGAGUGGGAGUGCAUGCACGAGUGCGAGUUUGGAGCCAUCAUACGUGUUGCGGGCUUUGGGAGUGGAGGAGGACAUGGCGCAUACCUCAAUUAGGUAUGGAAUAGGAAGGUUCACCACUGAGGAGGAGAUUGAUCGAGCAGCGGAAUUGACAGUUAAGCAGGUUGAAAAGUUAAGGGAAAUGAGCCCGCUUUAUGAGAUGGUGAAGGAAGGGAUUGAUAUUAAAAAGGUUGCUCAUUUCGGAUAUGGAGUUGUUGCUGGAAGGAUUCAGCUUGACCAGAGUGGUAGAUCGAGCAGUGGCCAUCUAAGCUCACGAGAGUCUAACCUUUGUCUGAUUCGGCUAUGCUAG